GCUUAUAUCCAUCGUGUAUAUUCUUUGUUCCAAGUUGAAUUUUGGGUACUUUGGCCAAAGACGAUGCGUUUUAUGAAAGCAAUACCACGGGUAGAAGACAUUCGGAAUAAUAUCAAAAGACUAAAGGAAGCACGCCACCCAGAAAAUGCGGAUGUAGUAGAGAAAGUGCUGAUGGACGUAAAGGAAGCCUUGAUGGUGGCGUACCAGUGCGCAAUGAGGCGGUGCCGCCGUAAGGCGAGGCAGGAAUUGCCAAAAUGGGUGGAAAAGAAAAUAGACAAUAAGCUUCUCAAGAUACGCCAAGAUAUUGCAGCUCUUUAUGAACCUCCCUUCAAAUUGGAGGAAUAUCAGAAUCCGAGUCACCAUCACGUGAUCGAAAAAAAUCUUGAUACUCCUAGUAAUUUAAAUUUAGAGGAAAAUUAAGAUCACGUGAGUGUUUAAGUUUGUGCCAAAGAGAUGCUUAUCUAUCACUUGUGUACCUCUCAUAAUCUCAUUGAAAAAAUUCUACUGUAUUUUGUGGAUACCACUGAAGUAGUAUCUCUGAUCAAUCAUAACAUGCCACAUCAUUUUAACUAUUAAAUGAGUUGGCAUGGC